GUCGUAUCCUAAUAAUGAAGUUCGUACAUAUAUUUUUAAUACUGCAUUUAAACUAUGUUCCAUCAUUGGCUCUAAAUAUAUUGUAUGCACACGAUGUAGCUAGUCCAAGCCAUGAAAUAUGGAAUUAUGAGCUAGCGGCUGCACUAGUGGCAAGGGGACACAACGUAACAAUGUUUAGUCCUCUUCCCAAACCAGGACAAGGUCAAAGGAAUUAUCACACAAUUCAAAUUGAAGGUCUAUUGGAUGGAAUUCAGAAAAAUUUUGAUUUAAAUGAGGUCGUCGAAAACAACGAUUUUGAAAAUCUGUUAUUGUAUUACCAUUGGGGAACUUUCUCAUGCGAAUAUACAUUACAAACCAAAGGGUUUUCAAAACUAUUGUCAUAUCCGAGAGAUUCUUUUGAUUUAAUAUUACUUGAGUACACUCUUAGUCCUUGUUUAUUUUAUUUGAUACAGGCUUUUAAUUAUCCACCAAGCGUAGUAAUAACACCAUUUCUCUUGCCAACAUUUUUAUCUGAAAGAUUUGGAAGUGAUGUUCAGCCUGCUUAUAUAGCUAGUUAUGUAUUAAACUACGAUGGAGAAUUUACAUUUUUCGACCGAUUGCGAAAUUUUCUUUUGUUAAAGAUGGACACUCUACUGCGACAUUUCUAUGUGAAUGAAAAAAUAAAAGAAUUUGCCACUAAAGGAUUCGGGAAAGAUCUAGCACCACUUGAUUCCUUGAUUAAUCAUGUAUCUCUGGUUUUAUGUAAUACCAUACCAGGAUUUCAUCAUGCGCAACCUUUGGCUCCAAAUAUCAUACCUGUAGGGGGAUUACAUGUUACUCCGGGCAAAGAAUUACCUGAAGAAUUUAUAAAUAUUAUGAACAACGCCAAGGAUGGUGUAAUUUUAAUGUCUUUUGGAACAAAUAUACAUUCCGCUAACCUUAAAGAAGACAAAAAGAAAAUUUUCCUUGAAACAUUAGGCCAACUAAAACAAACAGUUCUAUGGAAAUUUGACAAAGAUCUGGAUAACCUUCCCAAAAAUGUUAUUCUAAAGAAGUGGUUGCCGCAAAAAGAAAUUUUAGCCCAUCCUAACCUUAAACUCAUUAUAAGCCACGGAGGAGCCUUAAGUAGCGUUGAAGCGUCUGCCUUAGGGGUUCCUGUCUUAGGAAUACCAUUUCUAUUAGAUCAAAAUGCAAAUAUACACUUGUUAGUAGAAAAGAAAGUUGCCUUAAAAGUAGAUUAUGUCACUAUGACUUCAGAAGUUUUACUAGAUAAAAUUAACCAGCUUUUAAAUAAUCCGGUGUACGCUGAAAAUGCAAAGAUAAUAUCAAAAGUGAUAAACGACCAGCCACAAAAACCUCUUGAAAGAGCUGUUUUUUGGGUCGAAUACGUAGCUAGACAUAAUGGAACUCACUCUUUUGAUCCAGCUUCCAAAUACCUACCCUUUUAUGUUACAUCUUGUCUGGAUAUUUAUUUGUUUAUGUUAGUUGUAUCUGUGAUUGUUUUUUAUUUAUUAAAAAAAUGUUUUAAUUUUGUUAUAAGUACAGUUUUUACUAAAAGACAGUCAAAAAAGUUAAAAAAGAAAUAAAAAAUUUAUAUUAUUAGAGGAU